AUGAAGCUAAAUGCUUUGCUUGAUGAUAUAUUAAAGAAAGGGAUCUUCAGUAAAACAACAGCACAUAUUUAUGUUAUUGAAGCACAAAAGCAUAGUUUUUUGCAUGCGCACAUAUUAAAAAUGCUUGCAGAUGAAGACAAACCACGUACUACAGAUAACUUUGACCUUAUUGUAUCGGCAGAGAUAUCUAACUUGGAUAAAAAAUAUUCAAAAGGAUAUCCUAAACCAUUUCAAUCUGUUUUCUGUGAAAUGAAGAUGGGCAUUCAACUUGACAACCGUUGGGUUGUACCACACAAUUUAUACCUUUGUAAAAAGUAUAAUUGUCAUAUUAACGUUGAGAUUUGCUUUUCUAUUCAGGCUGUAAAAUAUCUGUUCAAAUAUGUUUACAAAGGUCAUGAUCGUAAGACUGUAGCAAACUCAAAUCAAUAUCUACAACUUACAGAAGAUGAAAUUGAGAAUCAUGCAUUAUGUUUACUAAAUGAUAUAUUAACGCAACAGAGAAAAUCUUUAAAAGAUUUUCCUAAUACGCCAAUUCCUACUGCAGUUAACGAAAUAGAAAAUUUCUUAAUAGCCAAAGAGUUAGACUAUAAUCAAGAAAUACUUACUGAAUUUCUACUAAAACUUGGAGAAGGAUGCAUUCCUAAAAUUCUACCUAAUAAACUACAGACUCGAUCUCAAGAUGCUGCUUAUUUACUUGAGAGAAGAAUUCUUGCUUCAAGAAAUGAUGAAGUCGAUAAACUGAAUUUGGAAGUACUUGAACAAUUUCCUGAUGCAGAGACAACAUAUUAUA